GAAACUUGACCUACAAAUUGAUCGGACAAAGCCAAACCUCCGGAGACUUACGAAGCAACCGCUCAACCUAAACCUAGAACCUUCAUUCGACAGCUAUAAAUAGAUAUACACAUAUGAAAUUUUCUAACACCUCGUUCUACCCUAAAACCCAUCUUAAACAUUCUCUCCGUGAGAGAGGAAUUGAAGAAAACGAGAGCGAAAGAAGGAGAAACGAUCUUGAGACGGGAGAGAAAAAGCUCGCCGGAGUUUCGCCGGGCUAAUCUUCACGCCGGAAAACAGAAGAGGAAAAUGGCUGCCGUUUCCUGCCAGUUCACUGUUGACCUACGUCGUCCAGGUCCAUCAGCCUUAUGUGAAAUGGCAUUACCUCCAUGCAUGAUAGGAUCCCAAGAUGAACAGGCCAUUUUUAUAAAUUAUAAUCGAGGCGACUCGAUCGAUCUCUUUCAGCUAGCGGGAAGCCCGGCCUUUCAAACAAGUAUUGGUGAUCGAGGUUUCCUUUCUAGACGAUCAAUUUUCGCCAGAGUUUCAAUGUCAAGAAUGACAAACUCUCUUUAUAGCGUUGCACAUAAUGAGGACUUUAUAAGUGAGCUUCCAGACGAUAUCCUUGCUUCAAUUCUUUCUCGUACACCAACGUAUAUUGCUUUAAGGACAAGUAUUUUGUCGAAGAGGUGGAAGAAUCUUUACAAAUAUGUGUCCAAUGUAACUCUCUCUUGUGAGGAUCUCUUGCGGGGUACCCAUCAUGGGCCACACUCUCAAACAGCGGUUUAUAAGUUGCAAAGAUACUUCGACAAUUUUCACUAUGGGUCGUCCAGAAUACGUUUUGUGAGUUUGAGGUGUUGCAUAAAAAAACCAUGUGGACAUCAGUUUGAGCAACUCAUAUACUCUUUAGGGAAUCUAGGCAUUGAAGAGCUUCACCUAUGGUUAUCUUGCAAUGUGCCUUCGGAUUUUGCUUUCAGUUGUGAGUACAUUUCUCAAAUACCUUCUGUCACUUUUUUAGUAUUGGGUUCUUGUCUUCUAGUCGCGGGUUUUAGUGAAAAAUUUUCGGCCCGUUUGGAUAGAAUGUUGGAAGGUGUCGGUAAUGGAAGUGUCAGUAACCAUAAACUUCAAACUCUGGAACUAAGAGGCGUGACGCUACUUCCCGGAUCGUUGGAGUUUGUUUUAUCUACUUGUUUGAGGCUCCGCUCAUUGUACAUAGGUAAAUGUGAAACUCCAUCCAAAUUGUGUAUUGGUUGGGCCGACACGGAUCUCCAGUUGAAGAGUCUUGUAGUUGAGUAUUGCCGAGGUGUAGAGGAGAUUGAAAUAUAUGCUGCUAAUCUUCAAACACUCGAGUUCCAAGGCAAUAAAAUGGUUUAUAUUAGAUUUGAUCAAGCCCCUUUGUUGCAGUCUUUAUAUCUUUCCAUUGAAAGUGAAAACAUGAUGGCUCAUGUGUUUGGGAGACUUGCUAAAGAUGUGUCAAGCCUUAAAUCAUUAACAUUUGAUUGUAAAGGUGAUUUUUAUCAGGAGAGCCAGAGACUUAUGAGGAUGGGAGGUAUUGAAAAAUUCAGCAAACUCAGGCGGUUAGAGUUGAAUGUCAAUUGCAUGCCUAAGACAGAUCUACUAGCACUUACUCCAUUUUUGCAAAGUUGUCCCCUACUACAAGAGUUUCACUUGAAUGUAUAUGAUCCCACUUAUGAUUGUGGGGAGGCAAAAGAGAUGGAGCCCGCCAUGGACAAACUUCCUCAUCGUUAUUAUCACUUGAACUUGAAGAAGGUGGAUAUAUGUGGUUUUGAUGGGACUGAAAAUGAGAUAGAAUUUUUGCUGUAUAUACUUAAAAGCGCAGUCAUAUUAGAGCAAAUGCUUAUCAGUAGUUCCGCCAAGAGUUAUCGUGGCUAUGGGAGGUGGUGGGAGCUAAAAAGGUCAUGGAGUGGAGAGACUUUUGAGGUGAUUCAAAGUCGAUUGCAAGAUGAGGCUGUUUCCUCAAUCGCUCAACUCAUUUUUGAAAAUAAUGUAAUUUAAUGUCCGCAUGAUUGAUGCAUUUGGUAUGUAUUUUUCAUGACAAUUAAACAUAUUAAUCCAUUUUACCUCAGUCAGCCAUUUUAAUAUUUACCAA